AUGGUUUCCUCAUCCAAGGAGAAGAGACUCGCCAAGAAGGCCGCCGAUGGCAAGCUCGACAAGAAGAAGGCCUCCAAGAACGCCAGCACCACCGCCUCCUCUGUCAACGGCGACGAUGGCCCCGCCACCAGCGCCGAUAAGAUGGACGAGGUGAGCCGCCUCGCCGCCCAGAUGGACCAGCACGGUAUCUCCGACCGUGUCACCACCGGUGUCCUGGCCUCCACUCAGGCCAGCAAGGACGUCAAGAUCACCAGUGCCAGCUUGGUCUUCCACGGCCGCGUCCUCUUCACCGACACCACCCUCGAGCUCUCGUACGGUCGCCGCUACGGUCUCCUCGGCGAGAACGGUUGCGGAAAGUCCACCCUCCUCAAGGCCAUCGACGCCCGCGAGUUCCCCAUCCCCGAGCACAUCGACAUCUACCUGCUGAACGAGGGUGCUCCUCCCACCGAGCUCGGUGCCCUUGAGUGGGUCGUUACCGAGGCUGAGCGUGAGAUGGAACGUCUCGACAAGUUGGCCGAGAAGAUCCUCGAGGAGGACGGCCCUGAGAGCCCUGUCCUGAUGGACCUUUACGAGCACAUGGAGAAGAUGGACCCCUCAACCUUUGCUACCCGCGCCUCCCUCAUCCUGACUGGUCUGGGUUUCAACAAGGUGACCAUCAACAAGAAGACCAAGGACAUGUCCGGUGGAUGGAGAAUGCGUGUCGCCCUUGCCAAGGCCCUGUUCGUCAGACCCUCGCUGCUGCUGCUUGACGACCCCACUGCCCAUUUGGAUCUCGAGGCCUGCGUGUGGCUGGAAGAGUACCUGAAGAAGUGGGACCGUACCCUCGUCCUCGUCUCCCACUCCAUGGACUUCCUCAACGGCGUGUGCACCAACAUGAUCGACAUGCGCAUGAAGCAGCUCCUCUACUACGGAGGCAACUACGACAUCUACAACAGGACCCGCUCCGAGCAGGAGACCAACCAGAUGAAGGCGUACCAGAAGCAGCAGGACGAGAUUGUCCACAUCAAGAAGUUCAUCGCCAGCGCCGGUACAUACGCCAACUUGGUCAGACAGGCAAAGUCUCGCCAGAAGAUUCUCGACAAGAUGGAGGCCGACGGCUUCAUCCAGCCCGUCAUCCCCGACAAGGUCUUCACCUUCCGUUUCGCCGACGUCGAGAAGCUCCCCCCUCCCGUCCUGUCCUUCGACAACGUCACCUUCUCCUACUCUGGCGACCCCAAGGACGACCUGUACCGCAACAUCGACCUUGGUUUCGACAUGGACUCCCGUACCGCCCUCGUCGGCCCCAACGGUGUCGGCAAGUCCACCCUGCUGCGUCUGAUGACGGGCAAGCUCUCCCCCACCGACGGUUCCGUCACCCGCCACACCCACUUGAAGCUCGGCCUGUACUCCCAGCACAGCGCUGAGCAGCUCGACCUGACCAAGUCGGCUCUCGACUUCGUCCGUGAGAAGUACGCCGAGAAGUCCCAGGACUACCAGUACUGGCGCCAGCAGCUCGGCCGCUACGGUCUGACCGGUGAGGCCCAGACCUCCCUUAUCGGCACCCUGUCCGACGGACAAAAGUCCCGUAUCGUCUUCGCCCUGCUCGCCAUCGAGAGCCCCAACAUGCUCUUGCUCGACGAGCCCACCAACGGUUUGGAUAUCCCCACCAUCGACUCCCUUGCCGACGCCAUCAACGCCUUCAGCGGUGGUGUCAUUGUCGUCUCCCACGACUUCAGACUUUUGGACAAGAUUGCCAAGCAGAUUCUGGUGUGCGAAAACAAGACGAUCAGAGCCUGGGACGGCACGAUCGGAGAGUACAAGAACUACCUCCGCAAGAAGAUGAUCACGGCCGGUGCUGUCUAA